AUGUCGUCGAAAUCUCCCACGGUCGAUGGCCAAACGCCGACUGGAACAACUGACGACGGGAAGCGCAAAGCGGAGCCAAACAGCGGAUCGCAGACGCGAACGAAGCGAAACCGAUAUAUCUCCCUAGCAUGCAACGAAUGCAAGAGGCGCAAGAUCAAGUGUAACGGCCAGGUGCCCUGCCAGCGCUGCGGCCAUCUCUCUCUCGAAUGUUUAUAUUCGCCGAACUGCUGCAAUAGCAAUUUCAAGGAUUCUGAGGAAUUUCGGUCCAUGAAAGAUCACAUCGAACGGCUCCAGGAACAAGUGAACUCGCUAUUCGAGAAUAUCAAUGGCCUCCAUCGACAGACGGAGUCGCCUGCCAUCGAGAACAGCCCCCAGCUGAGCCGGGAAGCCUCACGGUCGAUAUCAUGGCACCAGCCAACCUUCGAGACCCAAAACAUCCCCAUAGUGAAGCCACGGGCGAAACAUCUCCGUUUCCAUGGACCUACCAGCACUGCGUUCAACUUUGCAGUUGCCAAGUCUAGCCUUCAGACGAUGGGAAUCACUCAUAUAGACGACGGCACGCAGGAGAUAUAUAACGCCCAAGACGCCACGCCUACCCAAACGCCCCCUUACCAACCAGCCCCGGUCUAUGCCAAUGUCCAGCAUUCAAAUAAAGAUCCUUUAUUUGCGAUCAAGCGGGAGGAGGCUAUUCGAUUAUGUAGGGUCUACGAGGAAGAGAUAGGGCAGAUGUAUCCUAUGUUUGACGUGGAAAAAAUGAUUACACAGGCGAACCUCCUCUUUGCCUUCCUUGAAGCUGCAGAUCGGACGGUUUGCUCAGGGCGAUCCAAGUCCAGCGCCGACUGCCUCAAUGACGACGAUACCGCGAUUUUGAAAAUGAUCCUAGCAAUAACUCUUCUACUUGAAGGAAAUGGGCAGAGCGAGUUAGGCACUCAAUUAUACUUGAGCAUCAAGGAAAAGAUAGAGGCCAACCUCUGGGAGCUAGGGGACCUGAAAAUGAUUAAGCUUCUUGCUCUUGUGGCUACAUAUCACUUCCAUACAGACGAUGAAGUUCUAGCUUAUCGUAUGGUCGGCCUUGCAGCCCGCAUGUGUAUUGAGAUGGGCUUACAUCGCCGAGAUGCCGUCUUGAAGACAUUUCACACACCGGAAGAGUUGACCUCUGUCAAUAGAAUAUUUUGGUCUGUCUAUACCUUAGACAAACGAUGGGCUUUUGGAACCGGGCUCCCAUUUGUCAUCCAGGAUGAGGACAUCGAUCCAUGUUUACCUGAGCCAGACGAGGGUGUCCCUUAUGUUAGAGCCAUGGUUCAUUACUGCCGUAUCGCCUCUAAGGUCUGGUAUUCUGGCUUCGGAUCAAAAGCCGACUUGAGUGUCAAAAAGGAAAAGAUGGGGUAUCUGGAUUAUCAGGUUGUUGAAUGGAUGAAGAAUAUCCCAGACCCGCUCAAUUUCUAUUCGGUUGAUAACGCACGAAACCCCGAAAGCGUCAACCGCGGACUGCAACGACUACGCUGCGUCUUAUAUAUCCGUGGGAACCAUAUGAGAAUACUCAUAUAUCGACCAGUCCUUCAUUCAGCGACCAGCAUUGUCGAAAACAUGGGGUACGCUCAAACUGUGGUGGAUAUUGCGAAAGACACUAUUCGCGUCCUGACCGAACUCAACCGAACGACCGACAUCUACCGUUCCCAGCAGAUUCUCUUCAACUAUUUCCUUAUCGGAGCCCUUGUGGUUCUGUUCCUUGCAAUAUCGCACGCGCCUGUUAAAUUUAACCGCCAGCUAACGGAUGAGUUCCACAUGGCCCUUAACCUUGUAAAGGGUUUCAGCACCAAAUCAUAUAUAUCAAAGAGGUUAUGGAAAAUGAUCAAGGGCCUGCGCGAGGUGGGCGAAAAGCUUGGGCUGAUACCCCAUCCGGUAGCCCCAGAGGUGGCAGACCCCCAUUCUACAGCAGCAGUUGCCAUGGCUGGACUGGCGGGACAUCCAAUCGACGGACUGUCGCCAUACGGCGCGCAGAACACCAAUGGAGAACUAGGGAACAGUCCUAUGAACGGCUUACAGAUGAGCAAUGAGCUUACAUACCUGUUUGAGGCGAUUGAGAAUUAUAACGGAUAUAUUUCAACCUCUGGGCCUGAAGGGAUGAAUGGAGGGGGCUUCGUCGGCACCGACCAUGCGCUGCCGAGCACUGGAGAAACCAUACCCACCGUGCUAGGAAAUGAAGGGGAGUUUUCGAGGAUCAUACAAGACCUCUUCUGA